CAAUCACAAAACUUAACUCAUAUAGCUAAAUCUUUUUUGACAGCCAACUAUCUGGAUAUAAUGUUAUUUGUUAGAUAUUUUUUUGUAAAUAUUUGCUAGUCGAGCAAUUGUAUAAUGUGAUCACAAUGGGCGGUUGCAUUGGUAUAACUAGGAGCAGAAGCGGUCCAAUCGAAGAAUCAUCUGGGACGGUGUCGCGUCCUAAUUCCGGCGGGCUGAGGAAGAAUCAGUCGCUGUGUCAUGAAACAAUAAGAUGGAAAUCUGACGUGCCACUUACUGAAGGACAGUUGAGGAGUAAACGAGAUGAGUUCUGGGACACUGCCCCAGCCUUCGAGGGCCGCAAGGAGAUCUGGGAUGCUCUGCGAGCGGCAGCGGUGGCAGCUGAAGCGAUGGACUUUCAACUGGCACAAGCCAUUCUGGAUGGAGCUAGUGUUUCUGUACCUAAUGGAUAUCUCACUGAAUGCUAUGACGAAUGGGGAACUAGAUAUCAGGUACCAAUAUACUGCCUGUCGCCACCUAUAAACAUGGUGAAGGAGGCGAGCGGGCGCGACUCGCCGGCCGAGUGGUCGGAGCCGGUGGAGGGCGGCGCCGAGCUCACGCUGCGGCUGCGCCUCUCCAGCACCUGCAAGGACGUCGACCUGGCCGUCUACUCGCGCCACACCAUAGCGCAGUGCAAGAACAAGUUGCAUGCGCAAGAGAACAUAGAGCCAUGGCGGCAGCGCUGGUUCUACAGCGGGAAGCUGCUCGGCGACCGGCUGCUGGUGGAGGAGGCGAGGAUCACGCCCGGCUACGUGGUGCAGGUGAUCGUCAGCACCGACCCGCAGCCGCCCAGCUAGUCACCCUCGCACCACACGGCCGCGUACACCACACGACCACACACACUAAGUAGACGUCUUUGUGUACAUUUGAGUCUGUUGCGACCAAGUCUAACAUUGCAAUAACCAAUACAACCAAUCAACCAAUCAUUUAUUUAAUCAAUAAACUUGAUACAGUUGGGCGUAUAUUAAACAAACAAAAUUAAUUGCCGAAAAUAUUGUCUUAUUGGGAUAAACUUAUUAUUUAUUAACAAUAUGAGAAUCUGUAAUCAUUGUGUGUGUAAUGAUUAGCUCAAAGUGUACAAUUUCUGGUUUAUGAUGUAUAUAUAUUAAAAAUUUAUAGUGAUUAAAGCGAAUAACUUAUUCAUUGCUCACAAAUUAAAAUAAUUAGGUCAUGCUGUGUGAUUACUGAUCAAUUGUCUACAUGCAGUGAUUGGUUCACGGCCUGCAAUGAUUGGUUCAUAGACUGCAAUGAUUGGUUCAUGGCCUGCAAUGAUUAGUUCAUGGCCUGCAAUGAUAGGUUCAUAGCCUGCAAUGAUUGAUUCGUUGCCUGCAAUAAUAUUGCUAUUUGGUUAAUUGAUUUACAAGAUUUUGUCGCUGCAGAUACGGCCACGGCUUUUAUUUAUAACUGUCAACUAAGUGUUUUGUUUCAAUGAAAAUGAAGUACUCGGUACUUUCAUUUAAUUAAAGUUACUUUUGCUGGAUGAAAUGAUGAGGCUGACAUGUUCAAGUGUUAAUAUCAAACGUAGAAAGAAUUGUCCAAUUACGUUAACGCAAUUCUAUUGAUAAACAAGGGAUUCGUUAAUUAACAAUAUUGGUAAUGUUUAAAAUGGACAAGUCAUUAAAUAUUCUAAUAGUUUAAUUAUUUAAUUAAUAUGUUUACAUAAGUAAUACUCAUCUCUCACUGAAUAACAAAAGUGUAAUUAUUGUGAAUGAUGGUCAGUUGCAAGUUGUACAAAUACAUAACUCGUUUUAAAUAUAUUUUAUUGUUUAAAGUGAUAAUGAAAUAAUUUUAGUUUUGAAACGACUGUCGUAGAGAAAUAGUAUACAAUGCAUGAAAAUAUAUAAUAGAAUAUUACGUUUAUGUCAAAUCGAAUAUGGUGUAAGUAUAAAAAGACUGUAAAUAGUAUAUGACAGAGACGUCUACAUAUACAGCUCUGGAACAACAUAAUCCAUGAAAUGAUAUUAUAUUCUAAAAAUAUAUAAAUUUUAACUGUAUAAUGAACAAGCUGAACGUAAAUGUAAGGGUUGUAUAACAAUUUUACAGUAAACACUAGUAUUAUAAAUAUGUAUAAAUAAUUAAUAUUCACGGUUAUCAUAAAAAUAUAAAAUGUAUUUGUUUGUUUGUUUGAAAUUGCUUUAUGUCAUUUCGUAAGUUAGGUUUUUUUUUUUUGAUGGGUGAAAAUGGUAUGGUAACCCCGCCUGCGCUAACGGGAUACGCCGGCGGAGCACCAGUGAAGGGUGACAGAUGAGAAUGAAAACAGGCUAGUUAGCCCAUUAUGAUGAAUUUAUCAGGAAUUAACCAUGAUAGUUUCCAGGGGGAACCGCGAGGUUGACCUGGUUGGGUAUAUUGCUAGCAAUGGGAUUCUCAGUCUCCAUUACUAACAAUCCCUUUCCCCCUCGUAAGUUAGGUAGGGAGCUUAUAAUAGUUGAUUUGUAUCAUCCAUUUUAUAUAAUCAAAUUGAAUUGGUCUCGUCCUGUGGAUCUUAUAUAAAUGGGCUGCAUACUACUGCAGUUAGCCGGGUUAUAUGAAAUGAAUGUUUCACGUCACGCCCUACUGGCUAGGCAGACUGGAACGAGUUUCAAAGGCCUCUAAAUCUUAGUUCUUGUAAGUAUAUAUUCACUUAAAAUGGCUACUUUAAACUAAUCACGAUGAAAUUGUCUGUGUAGAUUUAAAGCUAUUUCAAACAAACAACUAUAUAGAUAUGUUAUUUUUAUAUAUUAGUAUAAUUAAUUAUUACAUUUGGCUAACAUUGUUUCGGUUUAGUGUUGUAUUUAUGUUAAAUUUUCAAUCGAUUUCAAAUUUGAUUGAAGUAUGAGUCACUUCAAUCAAAUUUGAAAUUGUGGGCUGUAUCGGUCAGUUUGAUUACUUUAUUUAACUAUGCGUUGUAUUUGUUGGCAAAUAUCGAUUUCUUUGUAGUGUAGUAACGAAAAUAUAUAUGUGAAGGAAGCCCCAAUAUAUAUAUAUAUAUAUAUAUAUAUAUAUGUAUAGUGUAAAAUAUAUAUGGAGCAAUGACUGCGAGAUAGUUAAAUUAUUCAACUACUAAUAACGUUAACUGGCGUAGUACCACUUAUCAGCGUCUGUGUACGUGUGUCAAGUAAAUGGAUGUUAUAGUGUGAGAGCUAGCGGUCAGAUUGAACAGUGUCUGUAUUAUAAAAU